ACGUUCUAAUAAAGAAUUUCGGCUCAGCCCGGGAAAGCGCUGGCAACAACAUAAAGAAAGGGGUCCAUGUAGCUGCUGCGCCCGCCCACUGAGCAGCAGGUUCGGCAUCUACUACAAAAGAGAGAAUCCACUUCAGAUAACCACGUCUCUGCUAGGCAGCGUGUGGAAUGGCCGAGAGCGGACCAAAUGGAUAUAUAAUCCAAGCCGAGAGUGGAGUUACGUGAACAGCCGUUUGAUGGAGAACAACUUUCACGUUCGGUUCAGAGAGCACUUUUUUCGUUGAGAAUAAGUCCUUCCCUUUUGUGUGAAUUCCCCAGCGGCGAAUUAACAACUUGUGGGGCCCUAUCUAUUCAAUCUCUCGAGCCCCAAGAAAACCCCCCUCUCCCUCGGACUCAAUCUCUCUUUUGACUCUAUAUAUGUGGGCACCUGAUAUCUAUGAGGGUUCACCCACCCCGGUGACAGCAUUCCUUUCUAUUGCGCCUAAAAUCUCUAUUUCUGCAAAUAUGUCACGUGUUUCUAUUGUUGCUUCCUAUGGGGGUACAUUACAACAAAUCUUCUUUUUCUGCAGCAUUGCUUCUAUGAUCUUAGAAGCACUGGCCUCCAUGGCCCAAACGAAAGUCAAAAGACCUCUAGCUCAUAGUUCGAUUGGACAUGUAGGUUAUAUUCGUACUGGUUUCUCAUGUGGAACCAUAGAAGGAAUUCAAUCACUACUAAUUGGUAUAUUUAUUUAUGCAUCAAUGAUGAUAGAUGCAUUCGCCAUAGUUCCAGCAUUACGGCAAACCCGUGUCAAAUAUAUAGCGGAUUUGGGCGCUCUAGCCAAAACGAAUCCUAUUUCGGCUAUGACCUUCUCCAUCACAAUGUUCUCAUACGCAGGAAUACCCCCGUUAGCCGGCUUUUGUAGCAAAUUCUAUUUUUUCUUCGCCGCUUUGGGUUGUGGGGCUUACUUCCUAGCCCCAGUGGGAGUAGUGACUAGCGUUAUAGGUCGUUUUUAUUAUAUACGCUUAGCGAAAAGAAUGUUUUUUGAUAGACCUAGGACAUGGAUUCUAUAUGAACCAAUGGAUCGUGACAAGUCGUUACUACUAGCAAUGACUUCCUCUUUCAUUACUUCAUCCUUUCCAUAUCCCUCUCCCUUGUUCGAUCUUACUCAUCAAAUGGCACUCAGUUCAUAUCUGUAAGUUCGUUCGAUCAUUGACAAGGUUCAAAGAAAGGGUGGG